AUGAAUAUAGCUAAUAAAAGAAGAGAAAUACAAGUAAUUAACAUCAUAUAUAUACUUUAUCAGCGAAUUAAAAUGAAGAUAAGUUUUGGAUUGUGCUCCAUAUUUCUUGUUUUCUGGUUGGCUUCGAUUGCAUAUGCAUCAGAUCCAUCCCAACUUCAGGAUUUCUGUGUUGCUGUUCCUGAUGCCAAAAAUGCUGUUUUUGUGAAUGGGAAGUUUUGCAAGAACCCGAACAUGGUGGUCGUGGAUGAUUUCCUUUUCCAGGGCCUAAACAAGGCCGGAAACACAUCCAGUCAGCUCGGAUCAUUCGUGACUCCGGUCAAUGUCAACCAGCUUGAAGGCCUCAACACUCUCAGCGUUUCCAUGGCUCGCCUCGACUUCGCCCCCUACGGGAUCAACCCACCCCACACCCACCCACGUGCCACCGAGGCCUUCCUCUUGGUGGAAGGCACUCUCUAUGUGGGCUUCGUCACAUCCAACCCGGCCGAUCCCACCCAGAAGAACAAGCUCUUCACCAAGUACUUGCACCCCGGAGAUGUGUUCGUCUUCCCACAAGGUCUCAUCCACUUCCAGUUCAAUGUCGGAAAGACCAAUGCCGUUGCAUUUGCUGGAUUCGGGAGCCAGAAUCCGGGUACCAUCACCAUUGCCAAUGCGGUGUUCGGGUCGGACCCCAAAAUCAACCCGGAUGUGUUGGCUAAGGCUUUCCAGGUUGAGAAGAACAUCAUCGAUUACCUCCAGGCCCAGUUCUGGUCCAACUAUAACUAAGAUAGACAAACAAUACAUAUAUGGGUGUGUGUUUUUAAUCCAAUAAAUUUAGCAUUCUUUACUUAUUAUAACAACUGUAGCUUUGUAUUUCCAAAUUCUAUUACUAUGUGAUGUUGCAAUAAUAAACUUGUGAACC